AUGAAACUCUCUCUCUCUCUCUUUUCAUUGUCGCUCGCUCUCUACUCUGUCCAUGGCAUCCCCGCCUCCUCCCCCCACGAUGUCGGUCUGCUCGCUCGCGCGGCCGCCGCGGCGAAACAGAAACCUAUGACCUUCGAGCAGGUGAAGCUGGAGGCCGCCAAGAUGUUCAAGACAACGAGCCCCAGCGGUACGAUGACCACGCUGAAAUGGGACGACAAGGCACAAUGCUCCAAGUGCCGGGGGAAGCAGAUCGAGGACGAGAAAGACAAGACGAAAUGCCGUGACUGCAAGAAGGGCACCACGCCGGACCGAGACCAUACGAAAUGCCUCCGGGACGACAACGGGUGCGCCGAGGACGAGACGCCGCAGGCAGACAAGUCGUGCAAGAAGUGCCCGGCGAACCAGGUCGCGGACGACACCGGCAAGAAGUGCAAGGACGUCAAGCCUGCGAAGGAGAAGGGCAAAUGCCCCGCGGGCAAGAUUCUCGACCCGGCCCAGGGCAGGCAGGACGCCAGCACCACCAACCCUAAAUGUAUCGGCGACGACGACUCGAAAUGCCCGGCGGGACAGUCGUCGACGACGCGCAAGAAGAACUCCGCGGUCGCCAACGAAGCCGACUUCAAGCCGCAGUGCGCGGCGGACAGCGACCCGGACCACAAGUGCGCCGACAAGAGCACGUUCGACUACCGCGAGGUCAGCGGCAGCCAGAUCAAACACAGCUGCCGCUCGACGCGCAAAGCCCAGGACGACAAGAAGACCAAGUACCAGCAGCGCACCAAGUCGGCCGCGGCCACCGAGAAGCGCGACAAGACCCGGCGCACGCGGGCGGGCUGGUGCUUCGUGGCGCUGUCGAUGGUCGACCUGUACUCGGGCGACGGCUACGGGCCGCUGAGCAGCCUGACCCAGGACGAGGUCGACGGCUUAAUCAGCACCUGGCCCGACGAGGCCUUGGGCACGCCGCAGGGCGACGGCUCCAUCCCGGACUACAUGGUCAAGUGGGACGUCACACUGCACGCGACCGGAACCACCACCGCCGGCGCCGCCUUCGGCGUGGGCGCCAUCGCGGGCGCCAUUGGCAGAGUCUUUGGCGCGACGACCAAGAGCAGCGAAGCGGCGGUGAUAAGGGGGCUGAAGACGGGAGCGCGCAAGCCGGCGUCGGCAAAGGCGGUCGCAGCGGCAAAGGCGUCGCGGACCGUGCAGCAGGCGAUCAAGAACCCGGGCUUCCGCGACUGCCUCGGCACCGCGGCCGGCGUGGCGGCCGGCGCGGCGGCGGCUCAGGUCGUGCUCAAGGGCCCGUCCGGUACCUUCAAUAUCGACUGGUCCCGCAAGCCCGACCCGGCGCUCCAGCCGCCGCCCGUAGGCACCGAGGACACGCAGCUCGCCGUGUUCAUGGGCAAAGACACCGAUGCGAAGGCCGGCGCUUGGUACCGGACGUACCCCGACGCGUACAUCCGCACGGACCGGCUGCCCUACAAGUCCUGUGUCAGCCUCGCCGGGGACGCUACGUACAACAACGCCGUGACGACUGUGAGCGUGAGUGGCGGCUGCUGCACCUUCUAUAACGGUGACCACUGCGAGAAGGAUACGGGGUUGUUCAGUAUGACGAAUCGGCAGGAUGGCGAGCUGCGGGGCAAUGCGAACGAUGCUAUCAGCAGCUUCUGGUGCACAUUUAACGAGUGGUGUGAGGGGUCGCCGAAGUAG